GCGUCUUCUCUAUCGAAGUUAAGUUUUAUCCCAAGCCGUAACUAGCCCAGUAUCUUCUCUCCGACUCAAAUCGCUUCCAUCAUCUUGAUCAAACGCUUGCUUCUUAGAUUCCGCUAUCGCUGGCACUGUUGCCCGUGCGUGCUUCGAGGACUGCACGAUGUCUGUCUAUCAGGGCGCCAGCCUUCCGGAUGAAAUUCUGUCCUUGAUAUGUGAGGAGCUGGGAAGCGAGAGGGAAUUUGGCUCGCUCUACACAUGCGCUCUGAGUUCCAAGUCUUUCGCAGACCCCGCGCUUCGGACUAUGUAUCAACUACACCAGCACUCUCCAGCGUUCGAGCAGAGAGAUGACCUAGAAGUCCGGCAACGGCCGACCGACUUCGCGACCAAGGCCGCUGAACAGGCGCAGUUCUACCGGAAAUGGACGGUAUUAUGGCGCUCGAUCAUUCUCUCGAGCGUCGACGAUCACGCUACUUACAAGCCCUACUGUCGCUACAUCAAAACCUUGGAUUUCCGGAACUUGUCGUUGAUGUUGGAAGACCUUAAGUUCACAGGCCCUGUCCGGAAGCAGUUCUUUGCCGGGAAACUCCAGGCGUUCCAUUUCCCCAAGGUUGAAUACAAGAGGCAGGUGGUGGACGUCGUUGCCACAGUUAAUGCCAUUGGAGAUGCGGUGACCACCAAGACGACGCUGCUGGAGGAGAUUGACGGCCACAUGGGCCCGGGAUUCUUGUCAAGGUGGAUAUCUCGAUCGCCAAAGCUGCAGACCAUGGUGCUUUGGAAAGGCGACGCCCUGGUCAACGGCGCUGGGGCUGCACUUGCUGAGCAUUGCGAUAAUUUCCACAGCUUGACUUUACAUGAGUGGGAGUCUCCAGAUGCGGAUGAGGCAUUUGCCACUUUCCUGAACGAGCUCAAACCCGAUACGCUGAGGUACUUUGAAAUGAUCAGCAACAAUGAUCUUGGCCAGCGAUCCUUUCAAGCGCUCGGCCGGCACAAGACACUACAACAACUGGAUCUGGGGAGUCUGAAUCAAGAUGCGGUGCGAAACCUGAACGCCCUCAAGGACUGCACUGAGAUCCAGACACUGAAACUCGACGACAGAUAUGGAAAUAUCCAGCUGGAGCUUCGAAACAACGAUGUAUUCCUGGAAGUCGUCGAAUGGCUAAGCUCUUGCAAAACCCUCUGCGAUCUCAGCCUGAAGCAAUUCUUUGAUGGGCCCGCUCUACUCUCCAGAGUAUUAUGUUCCCCCAGUGUGAGGUUGACAAGGUUAUCCCUCGAAGGCUAUACCGUACGCCACACCAAUUCUCAGUUGUUCCACACUGCGUUGGCUGAGCAGAGAACCCUCGAGUCGGUGUGGCUCAAAGGAAAUGGUGAAGAUACGAUGCCGGAUGACCUACAAUUCAUGGUUGAAGGGUUGUGUAACUUGACAAAUCUGAGGGAACUUGUCUUGAAGGAUGUCUCGGAUGAGUUCUCGGAAGAGCACAUCAUUUCUCUCGCUGUCAGCCUACCACUUCUUGAAGACUUUUGGACAAGUGGAGGCGAAGUAUCGGCCGACAUCCUCCAACCCCUUGCGAACCUCAAAUACCUGAAGAACCUUACGUUGUACGCCAUGACUCGGUUCACCUCGGGGGCCAUCAUGGAGUUCUUGAUGAGUCUUGAUCCUGAGAAGCAGAAGGGGUUCAACCUGUCGCUGAUGGCCGUUGAUCCUGAUUAUGAUUUGACCGAGGAUUCGCAGGAGAUGAUUCGCGAGUAUAUGCGAGCAAACCUCGAUGGCAAAUUUGACUUUGUCCUAUGGCGUGAGGCUGACCCAAGCGAUAGCGAGGACGAUUGAUCGAACUUGGGUGCUAUGAGUCAGCCGCUCUGCGUAGACACCAAUGCACUUCCGGGAAAGCACGACUCUCAACAUCUUGGUUGACAAAUAUCGUGCGACUUGUGUGCUUAAACCUAUGGGGUCGUUGGUACGACAUAGGCCAAUGAAAGCUGCCCUGGAGCUCUAGCCUCAAGACUUUGUUGGCUGAGCAUGACACUGAGGUGCAUGAUAGGCCUGGUCACAUCAAAAAGCGCUUCAGCUGGACUGUGGCGAUGAUGGCUCUCCGCUUCAGAGACUUGCCAAUCCUUCUGACGCUGGGCUUGGUC